AUGUUCACUUCUAGAACACCAUCUACAAGAGACUUCGUAUCAGAAUCAACGACAAUUACCAUUGGAGAUUCUACAGCAGAUUCCAUGACAAAAUCACAAUUUACCCUUAUGGACAGCGUCUACCGGAGGCUACAACAAGUUGACGAUGACCGGUCAAGAAAAGCUUUGGCCAGAAAGCUGAAAGACAAAUAUGAACGAGCCUGUAAAGUAGCAAAGAAAUAUCCAUUGAAGUGUAUCCUUGACCAGUUUGAGAACACAACCUUUGACCUUGCAGGGAAGAGAGUAGGCCCCGAACAUAUGAAACUAGCUGCCAUUACACUUUUAAAAAACGAAUACGUAAAUGAACUUGAUUUGCGAGACAAUAGUUUAGGAGAUGAAGGAAUAUUUUAUGUAACAGAUCUUUUACCGCAUAACAUAUAUAUUACACGACUGAAUUUGGCAGAAAACAAUAUUGGUAUUCCGGGUUUAAAGGCAAUAAUACAGACAGUGAUGGAUAAUAUCCUUAUUGUUAGAUUAGAUAUCUCAGGGCUCCGUGAUACUCAACAGUUGAACUUGAAAUGUACUAAAUGUUUAUUACUUAAAUGGAAUAACCAAUAA